AUGAGCGCCCAACAGUUCUAUCAAGGCGGGUAUAAUCAAGGUGGUGGAUAUCCUCAACAGCAACAGCAAUAUCAACCACCUCAAACCCAAGGCCAAGGUCAAUACGGUAUGAAACCAUCUCAACCUUAUGCACCACCACAGCCACCUCCCCAACAACCAGGGUAUGGGGAUAAUUCCUAUCAUCCAGAAUCGGGUGGACCACCCGCCUAUGUCGAUACAGCUCCUUUCUCCCAGGCUAACGAAAAGACAGGUCAGAGACUAAACCCAAGGAAAAGGUUGAACGAUCCCAUUUUCUUGGUGUUAUUCUUAGCUGCGUUGGCUGGAUUCGCGGUAGUUUCAGGUAUAGCGAUCAAGAGUUUUGUUGAGGUUGGUGGAUUAGGGGGUGGGUUUGGGAAUGGGUCGCAAGGUGGUACGGGAUCCAGUGUGACGCUUGAUUACCAUACUGUCUACUUGCUCCUCAUUGUUUGCGCCUUGGGUCUAGCUCUGGCUGCUGUCUACCUGGCCAUGGUCCGCGCAUUCACCAGAAUUAUCAUCGAAGUGACAUUAGCCUUGACCGUCAUUCUCAAUAUCGGUAUUUGUAUCUACUACUUUAUCAUUAAAUACUGGUCCGGAGCCAUUAUCUUCUUGGUGAUUGCUCUACUAUCUGUCUUCUUCUAUUGGUCAAUGAGGAAGAGAAUACCUCUCGCCAAACUACUUCUACAAGUUACUAUCGAUAUCACUAAACAUCAUCCAUCAGUCUAUGUGGUAGUACUUUUAGGUCUCAUCGUCCAGUCUGCUCUUUCUGUAUGGUAUACUUUUACUUGUAUUGCCGUCUACGUCAAGUGGACGCCUGGAAGUGCAACAUGUACCGGUACAAGUUGUUCGUCCGGUAAAGUCGCCGGUCUAAUCUUCUAUUCCACAUUCGCAUAUCUCUGGACUUCUCAGGUAGUCGGAAACGUAAUACUCUGUACCCUUGCAGGAGGUAUCUUUGGUGGAUGGUAUUAUUACGGUCCUAGAGUACCUACUGGUGGAUUACCCAAACGAGCCACUCUAUCAGCUUUCAUCCGUGCAUCUACGCUAUCCCUCGGAUCAAUCGCAUUCGGUUCAUUGAUUGUUACGGUACUAGAGUUGAUAAGAUUGAUCUUACAAGCUAUUCAACAGUAUGAAGCUGGGCAGGGUGAUACGAUAGGAGCGAUCGUAGCUUGUUGUGCCGCAUGUUGUGUAGGCUGUAUCGAAGGCAUGAUAGCGUGGUUCAACAAGUAUGCCUAUAUUGAGAUUUCCUUGUAUGGUAAAUCUUAUAUACCAGCUGCCAAAGAUACUUGGGCGUUACUUAAGGACAGAGGAAUUGACGCUUUGGUCAAUGAUUCACUGGUCGGAACGGCUUUGAUGUGGGGAGCAUAUAUCAAUGGUUUCUUAUGUGCCGUAUUUGGUUAUCUUUACUUGAGAUUCACGAACCCAGCUUAUAAUGCCGAUGGACAAUACUCUGCACCCAUCAUCCUGUUCUCGUUCUUGAUUGGUAUAAGUGAAGGGCAGGUGAUCAACAGUGCUAUCGAUGCUGGUGUAUCUACCAUCUUCGUGGGAUUGGGUGAAGAUCCAAUGGUCCUCGCUGAGAGAAGUCCAGCAUUGUUCGAAUUGAUCAGACAGACUUAUCCCAGAGUUGUGGAAGGUGUUCCCAGGAGAUAG